AUUCCGGGUUUUUUUUUUUUUUUACACGAGUUCGUUUAUUUCGCAGCAACUGCGCUUAGUCGAUUGGCGAAACCAAGCGAUUAAACUCAUUAUUUUUGUUGUUAAACAUAGUUUUGAUCCAUUCAUGUCCAAUAAUGCACAAACUUCGCACAAGGCCGAGUUUUGCGCUGUUGCUAUGGUGAACAGAUGACGCCGCGCCACCGGAACAAUCAGUGUGCUUGUUGUUGUUAAUCUGUGCGCUUCAAGGUUUGACUUUAUUACGGUUUCCCCCCGAAAAGUAAAAUGUUGUUUAACUGAAACAGCUUUUGUUUGACCAUAAAUGUAUCUGACAAUGCAUGCAACCCAGCUCGGCGGGUAUACAUGUGUUUAAUGGUGUUGGGAAUUCAUAAUAUUUACUCCAACAUUAACAUCAAUGGCUUUUUAUGACGUUUACUCGCAUCCUGCUUUAAUAAGAUACAGAACAUGCGUUUGCACCAGAGCAACACUGUUUGUCUGUGUGGUUUUAUGCCUCACGUACAUCUCACCUCUUCUUGUGGCUUAUAGAAGUCAAGGGUUCUGGCUGAAGAGGAGCACAUAUGAAGAGCAGCCAGUCGUACAGUUCCAGUAUGACAUGAUUGUGAUUGGAGCAACAGACGCCGCAGGGAGUUACAUAGCAUGGAGCACAUUUCCCAACUUCAAUCGACUGAUCGGAGAUAAUUUACGCAUCCCAUCUAUCUCUGUCCAGGAGGAGGACAGAAACCAGGAUGGGAAAUCUGACCUCCUCGUGCUGCAGAUCAACAUCCCACUCAAGCCAGAAGAACAGAUGUUUGGCAUUCAGCUCCUCCUUACCUUCUCAUACCAACUGUUUCGAAUGUCUACUGUUGUGAUGCAGACGCUUGCCUUUGUGCAGCAUUCCUCGCCUGUCCCAGGAUCUCAGCUGUUCAUCGGUGGAGACCUGAAGUUAAACCAGCGAACUCCUCUUCCACACCGAGGUUUACAUAGUACCUACAAUGUAUCACUGAUCAAUGCAUCCAGUCCGUUUGCGAGUACAUAUGAUCUGGCCAACAUUGUUAGACUCUACCAGCAGAGAAACUUGACUACUCAUCUCUCCGGCGUCAUUCCCGUGUGGUCGGUGGGUAGAGCUACGAGUUCUCCAUUCCAGAUCAACGCCCAGAUCAAUUAUCCAGUGGAGACUAUUACCUAUCGGCCGGGCUUUUGGGAAAUGAUCAAGUUCGCCUGGAUUCAGUAUGUCAGCGUCCUGCUGAUCUUUCUUUGGGUUUUCCAGCACAUUCAAACAUUCAUCUUUCAAAACCAGGUUUUACCAACCACCGCAGUACCACCAUUUAAACCGCACAGCUCCUGAUGUUUUUUUGUUGUACAAUCAUCAGGACCUUCAUUUGUUGCUGAGGACUUGUGUUUGCUAAUGUUUUUCUGUAUACGUAGUUGUCUUUGUUCAGUUCAAGUACAUUCAUAAGGAAUUCCCACCAGGAUGCUUGUGGAAUUGCUGGUUUUUCUGGUUUCAAAGUACAUCAAGUUCCACCACAUACUGCACAAAUAUUCUUCGCUGUGUGGAAAGACUGAUACAAGAAAUAUUUCAAUUCGAAACCUCACACAAAGUGUGUUUUUAAGCAACUUAAACUGAGAAACUCAGAUUGGAUAAAGUGACCUCAGAGAGCUCAUGCUGUUUGAUGUUAUAAUAUCCACAUAUUAAAAUCCUUGAGGGGUUUGUUCAGAAGGACUUACUGAUUCCUCAUGAGUAAUAGUUAAAACAGGGGACGGGUGUGUUGUUUUUCAGGGUUGGAGCUAAACUAUGCAGGGACACCGGCCCUCCGGGAUCAAGGUUCCUCACCCCUGAGUUAAAGGCAUAAAUGCCUAAUGUUUAAUUGGAUACGCAAUAAAUAAUGUGAUAAUCGGGAAGAUUAUUGUCAGUGGUUAAGCUUAUGAAAACAGAUGAAUUGUUAUGUAAGCAAAAUGUAGUUAUACUAAUGUUGACUCAAACCAAACAAAAGCAGGUCAUAUA